AAGAGGAAGACAGAGACCAUUACGAGCCGCCAGACGUAAAACCAAACUCAUGUAAUCAAAGUCCACCCAGCAAGGAAGAUGAUUAGAUACACGAGGCUGCCCUGGCGUCCCUUCUUCAGCACUAGCGUAAGGACAGCAUCCACGGCAGCCAUGCAGGGGGGAAGACUGGCAGGCAAGGUGGCCAUCGUGACAGCCUCCACGGAUGGUAUCGGGUUGGCCAUCGCCCAGCGCCUUGGGGAGGAGGGUGCCCAGGUGGUGGUGAGCAGCAGGAAGGCUGCCAAUGUGCAGCGGGCCGUGGAGGAGCUGCAGGGCCUGGGGUGUACUGUGAUGGGCGUGCCGUGUCACGUCUCGAAGGGCCAGGACCGACAGACACUCAUCGACAAGACUGUGGAGAAGUUCGGAGGACUGGACAUCCUGGUCUCCAACGCCGCCGUCAACCCAACAAUGGGCGGAGUGCUGGAAUGUUCCGAAGAGGCGUGGGACAAGAUCUUUGAGGUGAACGUGAAGAAUGCCCUGCAGCUCUCCCAGUUGGCUGUGCCCCAUAUACAGAAGCGCAAGGGUGGGGCCAUUGUCUAUGUCUCCUCCAUCGCUGGAUAUCAGCCAAUGGAGCUGCUUGGAGCUUACAGUGUGAGCAAAACAGCCUUGCUGGGGCUGAGCAAGGCUGUGGCCCAGCAGCUGGCACCAGACAACAUCAGGGUGAACUGUGUUGCUCCAGGCAUUGUCAAGACCAAGUUCUCAAGUGCUAUUGUAAAUAAUCCCAUGGCAUUGGAGAAAACAGUUGAAAUGGUUCCUUUGGGCAGGAUUGCCGAGCCCAAGGAGAUGGCCGGCGUGGUGGCCUUCCUGUGCAGCGACGACGCUUCCUACAUCACUGGGGAGUCCUUCGUGGCAGCCGGCGGCAUGUUCUCAAGGCUUUGAGUUGGGGGGCUAGGGAAUGGAUCGGUAAUAAAAUUGACCUCAAAAAAAUGGAUCUUGUGCUUUGAUGUGCCAAGAAUCCACAUGGAGCAGUUAACCACUUAUUAAGUCCUUAUGAUAAAUAUUAUACUUGCAAUCACAAGCUUAGACACAUAUGGUGCUACUGUAUACUAUGAGUUAGUUAACUGAAGAAAGGAUGAGAGUUGGUAGAUGGCUGUAGUUCAAUGAACAUAACAGUACAGAAUAAUUACCAUAUAUAACUAUCUGCUCACUAUUAUAAAUGAUUAGGCUCUAUGUUGGUGUAAGUGCUCUCAAUAUCACUUAAAUAUUUAAGAUGUGAAAUUAACUCCUUAAAUAACCUUGCAUCAGUAUGCUGCUGGUCAUGGUGUGGGCAUUUACCAAACUCAUUAUUUCUUGGGGUUCAUUUUGAUAUGCAUUUACAAUUAGAAAGUGGUGGGCCUGUACAGUAUCAGUAAUCACAAUUAAAUUUACUUAGUGUUAUGUCAACUGAAUUAUUUUUAUACAGUGCAUGCUGUUAGCGGGGACUAAAAUAUAAAGAUUUA